GUAGUCCCGGACCAAUCGGAAGGACAUUUUUUCAUUCCUCAACCACUACUCUCAGGUGCUCCAGGGAGGGAGGAUGACUUCCGGAUAGUCCUCCUGUCACUCCUCCCUCGGACCAAUUAUGAAACUCCGGGCACUCUUGACCUCACCCCGUUAGGGCCCGGGAGGGGUUCCCUAGUAUAAAGUUCGCAGCACCGGACAGUUGAGCUCACUUGCCUGAUAUUUCCAGUGUCAGAGGGACACGGCCAACGUGUGGCCCCUUCUAGGCUGUCAGCCGCGCUCUAGCCACUGCAGCGAGCCGGUCUGCUCCUGCCCUGCCCGUGCGCUCCCCGCAGCCGCCCUCCGCCCAGCCCCAGCGCCCGCGCCUGUCGUCGAUGCCCGCGGGGAGGAGGAUGGAGAUGCUCUCUGCUGGCAGGGUUCCUGCGCUGCUGCUCUGCCUGGGUUUCCAUCUUCUACAGGCAGUCCUCAGUACAACUGUGAUUCCAUCAUGUAUCCCAGGAGAGUCCAGUGAUAACUGCACAGCUUUAGUUCAGACAGAAGACAAUCCACGUGUGGCUCAAGUGUCAAUAACAAAGUGUAACUCUGACAUGAAUGGCUACUGUUUGCAUGGACAGUGCAUCUACCUGGUGGACAUGAGUCAAAAUUACUGCAGGUGUGAAGUGGGUUAUACUGGUGUCCGAUGUGAACAUUUCUAUUUAACCGUCCACCAACCUUUAAGCAAAGAAUAUGUGGCUUUGACCGUGAUUCUUAUUAUUUUGUUUCUUAUCAUAGUUGUCGGUUCCACAUAUUAUUUCUGCAGAUGGUACAGGAAUCGAAAAAGUAAAGAACCAAAGAAGGAAUAUGAGAGAGUUACCUCAGGGGAUCCAGAGUUGCCGCAAGUCUGAAUGGAGCUGUCAAACUUAUGGAUAACAAGUUUGACAGGGAUAUGGCAGGGAUAACAGUGUGCCUGGUUAAUAUUAAUAUUCCCACUUUGUUAAUAAUAUUUAUGUUGGGUCAAGUGUUAGGUCAAUAACACUGUAUUUUAAUAUACUUGAAAAAUAUUUUUAUUUUUGUUCUAUUGUUGACAGACUAUCUGCUAAUGUAUAAUGUGCAGAAAAUAUUUAAUAUCAAAAGAAAAUUGAUACUUUUAUAAAAGUAAUUUCCUGAGCUAAAUGCUUCAUUGAAAGCUUCAAAGUUUAUAUGCCUGGUGCACAGUGCUUAGAAGUAAGCAAUUCCCAGGUCAUAGCUCAAGAAUUGUUAGCAAAUGACAGAUUUCUGUAAGCCUAUAUAUAUAGUCAAAUGAUUUAGUAAGUAUUUUUUUUCCUACUCAAAUCAAUGAUAAUUGGUUUGACUGUACCAGGGUUUGAUAUGUUAGUUGGCACCACGGUGUCACAUAUUAAAACAGUAAUGCAAUUGGAAUUUGGGAAAAGCAAAUAUAGGUCCUAUGUUAAACACUACACAUUUGAAACAAGCUAACUCUGGGGACUCUGGUCUCUUCACUCAGGUCUCAGCUAUAACUGUUAUAUGAGGGGCAGUGGACCGUUCCCUAUGCCAACUCAUGACUCCUACAUGUACUAGUCACCCAUCUACCAGAUUCUGCCUAUGUAAAAUGAAUUGAAAAACAAUUUUCUGUAAUAUUUUAUUUAAGUAGUGGGCAUUUCAUAGCUUCAUGAUAUUCCUUUUUUUGUAUAUUACAACAUUUAUGUGAGGUAAUUAUUGCUCGAUAGACAAUUAGAAAAAAGUCCAUACUUGAAGCCUAAAUUUGUGUUUCUUUUUAGGAUAUUUCUUUUUAUAGGUACUUUGCUGAAUUCUAACAUUAAAUCACAGUCCAAAAUUUGAUGGACUAUUAUUUUAAAGUAUAUGAAGACAAUAAUUCUACAUGUUGUCUUAAGACAUGCUGUCUUUUAUUCAAGAAAGUUUUAACUUUAAAACAGCUCAGUAAAUGGCUUCUUCUAGAAUGUAAAGUUAUGUAUUUAAAGUUGUAUCUUGACAUAGGAAAUGGGAAAAAACUUAAAAAUUGACAUAGUGUAUUUUUCCAAAUGAAAAUCUCAAUUGAAAGCAUUUAAAAUGUAGAAACUUAAACACACCUUCCUGUGGAGGCCGAGGUGAAAACUAGGGGUCAUUUUUCUGACAUUUGUUUAUUUUUUGGAAGAGACAAAGAUUUCUUCUGCACUCUGAGCCCAUAAAUCUCAGUGAGUUAAUAGGAGUAUUUUUGGGCUAUUGCAUAAGGAGCCACUGCUGCCACCACCUUUGGAUUUUAUGGGAGGCUGCUUCAUCGAAUGCUAAACCUUUGAGUAGAGUCUCCCUGGAUCACAUACCAGGUCAGGGAGGAUCUGUUCUUCCUCCACUUUUAUCCUGGCAUGUGCUAGGGCAAUGAAGACAUAAUAAGCCAUGGUUGACCUCUGGAGCACCAGAUGCCAGGACUUGUCUCCAUGUGUAUCCAUGCAUUAUAUACCCUGGUGCAAGGGAUCACACGACUAAAGUCAUCUAAAGUCCUGGCCCUGCCCUUACUAUUAGGAAAAUAAACACAAAAACAUAUAUUCACAUACAUAUUGUAUAUAU